AUGGCAGCCCCGCAAGUGCAGGUGAUGGGGAAAGGCGGUGGUGAGGUGGUGCAAGGCAAAGAUGACAGCUCGGCGUUUUCCGGUUGCUGGUACUGCUGCGGAGGUCUUCAUUGUGAGUGCAACCGACCCAACGGGGAUGAUGCUUUCAUCAAUUUCAUGUGCCAGCUGCCUGUGCCAUUCCCAAUCUGCAGGUGCUUCAGCAAGGACGCGCAGCCCGGCAAGUGGCGCUCCUGCACGGACGGCAAAGGCAACUACGAGGUAUGGCAGUUCUUGGACGCCAACACCAUUGAAGCCCAAGGCAAGAAUGAAUGCUGCGGGGACUCUUGCAAGUACAAGCUGCACCGAUGCUGCGGCAAGAAGUGA